AGCAAACAGCAAACAUAAUAAUAUUUUCCGAAUACGUAUCCCGAUCUUCUGCUACGGAUAAUCCCUUAGCAGGGAAAACGUAUCAAGCUGUCCUCCUAUAAGAAGUACGUCAUCGGAUGACAACUAUAAAGUGGUUAAUCGUAAUAAGCUGUUUCUCCCCGUUUUGGCGUUAAGGCUGUUCUCCGAACCUUAUCCGAUCUUAGCUCUUGUUAUGAAUAUCCAUGAAGAGAGAAGUGAUUCCUAUCAAUCGUUGCAUUUCUUGUUUUAUUAUAUCUAGUUGGCCUUGCUAAUAAGGCUCGUAUUUAAAGGUAGUAGUAGCUCUAUCGUGACGUCAGAUCACAGCCAUAGCUACUAGAGAUAGGAGCCUUUGAGCAAGCCUGUAAAUCUAGUUGGCCUUGUCCAUCACCCGACAGCUUUUCAUUAGUCAGACACAUCUACAGCAUUAUAUUCUUAAAUUACUCUCAAAUUAUAUUUUGGAAAAUCAUAAUCUGAUAAAUUUUAUGCGAUAUGAAAUCAAUCUAAUUCAAAUUAAAUAUUUUGCUAGCAACAUAGCCUCUCAAUUAAUAAUGUGGAUGCAUUUUAGUCGCGAUCGUCUGGCAUUGUUUGAAGGAUAAGCGUCUCGGUCAUCUGGUGUUACUAAAGUUCAUGGCAGUGUUUGAUAAAUAAAUGAUGCAUAGAUACGCCAAUAGUCUUGUUUAAAUAAUUGCAUCUGAAUUUUAAUGUGAAAAUAUGUCUGUAUGUGUGGGUUUAAGUGCGUCUCAAGCAGAUUUAGAUGUUCAGGGUGAAAUAGACUUUGAUUUCUUUGAACAAAGUGAUCAAUCGAAUAUUUGUAACAAAACUUCUACUCUGCAGGAUAGUGUUUCUACCGAUUCUAAGGAAACUUCUAAAUAUAUUUCUGAUAACAAUUCUGAAAACUGUAUGCCAAAUGAUAAAUUAGAUUUCUCAGAACAUGGACGAAAUAUAUCGAAUAUUCCAGAUUCUUGCUCAAGUCGUAAUUUCAGUAAGCCUUUGAUUACAAUUUCUUGUGAUGGUACCACAGGUAUCGUUCAGACAACGAAUAUUGAGACUGUUAUUCCAUCUCCGUUUCACUAUAAAGAUAAUAAAUGCGAUAGAAUAAGUCCGUGCAACUCAAGGAAAGGAAGACGAUUAUUAAGCCCGCGAUUAAAAAGCAAGAUUUUUAGAGAUGAUAAUGAAAUAUCAGAUGACAGCUCUUUAUCUAGCAUGUCAGAAUCCGAAUCUGAAUCGGAUAUAUCUUCUGUAAGCGAUGAUUCAUUUGAACUGAAUGAAGAGUCUGAUUCAAUGACAGAUGUGAGCCCAUUAGUGUCACCUUUUGAGUGCCAUAGCCCUGCUGUGACUAAUAAUGACAGUUCAGACGUUCAGGUUGCAGAAAGCAGUCCUAAAUUACCCAAAAAAGACGGAGUUAAAUUCACCGAUGACAUGGAGAAAAAAGGAUGUGUGAAAUGUGAAAGUAUUGAUCUCCAUGAGCUACUAAAAGCAGUGAAACGUUUAGAAAUGGAGCAAAAUAUCAACGCCGUCUCCCUUGAAAAAUGUAGAAACCCUUCAGUUAUUACACAGAAUGCAAGAUGCCGUAGAAAUUUAUCAUUUUCCAAUGAAGAAGUGCGUCGAAUUGAUAAUGACAACCAGAUUUUGCUUAAGAAAAUUAGAGCACAAGAAAACCGAACAAAAGCACGUAAUAAUUCUACAGUUCGUGUUCUGUCAUCAUCUGCAGUAAACAGACAAAGACAACAACGUCAGAUCGAAUUGGACAAUUUGGCUUUACUUAAGAGGUUGGAGUCAACUAAAGCUUCGCGUGAUCUCAGUCGUUUCCAUUUACUUCGUGACUAUGAUCGUCGAUCAUCAGGUGUGCUUUCUAGAGCAUCAUCUAGAUCAUCACAAGUGGGCAGCUCUUCGCAAACAUCUUGUCGAACAUCAUCUCAGUCGUCUGGACGUUCCAGUGCUGUGAGUCUUAAGCUAUCAAAUACAUCAGCAAUGCAUUCUCGCCCAAUGUCAUCUGUAAAUAAACAUUGAGCUGUUAUAAAAAUGGUUGUCUUUUAAAGAAAUGUCUGUGUUAUAAAUAAGUAUAGUUUAUUUGUGCACUUUUCAUUCCUAAAUUAUUAUGAAAUGUACUGAAUUUUGCAUGCUUUAUAUAAUUUUAUGCUUUGGAGUUUGUUUUUAAAUAUACAGGAGUUAUUUACGAAUUUGAGCAUUUUUGUGAAUUAUUUUAUUGCUGGCAUAGAUUUUUUGUGCUGUUUUCUCAUUUCUGGGAAGUAUGUAAUAAUAUAUUACUUACAGUUAAUUAA